CAUCAAUUCACUUCACUUUAUUCAUAUUAUCAUUGCAUCCAAACAACAUUAUUUUCCAUAGCUUUCUAGAGCCAAUUUGUGAAGUUUGAGUUGUUCUUGAGCGUAUAUAGUUUACUCAACAUCUACUCUUAAAGAGAGUCUUGUUCUUGAGUGUCUUAGUGUUGUAUACACGUUAAGGGAAGCUUGUUUCCCUUGGUUGUACGAAGGAAAGGAAUAGGUGAAGGGCAAUCAACCACACGACCACCUCUUUUUGAUGGAACCAAUUAUACAUAUUGGAAAGAACAAAUGAGAAUCUAUAUUCGUUCCACAAACUUCCAAUUAUGGUUGGUUAUCAAAAACGGGGAAGAGGUACCGAUGAAGAAAGUCGGAGACAAGUUGAUCCCCAAGACCGAAGACGAGUUUGAUGCCGAGGACAUCAAAAAGGUCGAGAAUUAUGCAAAAGCAAUUAACAUGCUUUAUUGUGCCGUAAAUCCUGAUGACUACCGCAAGAUCUCUUGCUGCUCAACCUCCAAAGAGAUGUGUGAUAAACUUGAGGUGACGUACGAAGGAACGGACCAAGUACGUGAAGCCAAGAUUGACUUCCUCACCCAAGAAUAUGAGAUGUUCAGGAUGAAGGAGCACGAGAAUAUCGAUGAUAUGUUCGACCGUUUUUCCAAGAUAGUCAACGAUCUUCAUGCAUUAAAGAAGACUUACACCGACAAGGAUCUUGUGCGAAAGAUGCUACGGAGCUUGACAUCCGAAUGGCGAUCCAAGGCCGAUGCCAUCUAUGAGUCAAUCGGCACAUCAACUGUCACCAUCGACGGUUUAAGAGGGAAGCUUGUUUCCCUUGGUUGUACGAAGGAAAGGUAUUUUCCUUCGGGUUGAAGUCUUGGAGUGCGGUAUCUCCGAGCAAGUGUUGUUGAGGCUCGUGGGACUCGAGUUCUCAGGUUGUAACGGUUUGUUAAGCACCCGUAAGCUUAACGGAAGUAGUGUAGCUCGAGAGAGUCUCUCGGGAGGCUGGAUUAGCCACAAGUUGUGGUGAACCAG